CGUCCGGUUCGGAAAUUUCCCCUCCUCAUCUAUGUCAACACGAGGAGUAUCUUCGUUUGUGCCAUGAUCACCUCCGGACUUUGACCACUCUCUCGACACACCUUCAGGCCACAGAUCUCCCAUGGAUUUCGAACCCGAAUUCUUUUCACGCCUUCUCAAGUCCAUCCGCUAGGGCCAUCCCUCCGCAUCGUGCUCACGUGCUCACCCGCGCCGAGUUCAGACCGCGGAAACUCGGACCACAAGUCACUCGGAAGAGAGGCCGCACGCCCAUUUGACGACACGGAACUGGGCGUCUUCGCGACCGCAACACCAGCGCCCGACCAUCAUGUCGUCGGCCGCCCGGCGCCAGAGCGCCCAGCUGGAUGAAGGCGACCUCGCCCUCCUCGGCAAGAAGCAGGUCCUGCAGCGACGCUUCGGGUUCGUCUCCCUGUUCGGCUUCGCCGUCUGCGAGCUCAUCACCUGGGAGACCGUCCUGGCCCUGUUCAGCCAAGCCUUCCGGAACGGCGGGCCGGCGGGCAACGUGUACGGCUACAUGAUCGCGUGGGCCUCCACCAUGUCGGUGUACACGGUCAUCUCCGAGUUGGCCUCCAUGGCACCCAUCGCCGGCGGCCAGUACUACUGGGUGUGGAUGAUGGCCGAGCCCGGGUGGCGCGACGUGCUGAGCUACGUCGUGGGUUGGCUGACGACCCUGGCGUGGAUCGCGACGGUCGCGACGGAGACGCUCUUCGCCGGGACGAUGAUCCAAGGAGUCAUCACCCUGGAUUAUCCGGAUUACUAUAUCGAGCGGUCGGCGAUGUGGCAGGGCACUCUCCUGACCUGGGCGGUCAUCGCGGUGUGUGUCUUCAUCAAUGUGGUCAUCCCGAAUUGGCUGCCGAGAUUCGAGGUGUUCAUCCUCGUCUUCCACCUGGCGGGGUUCGUCGCGAUCCUGACGACGCUCCUAGUCAUGACGCCGCAGUUCGCGCCGCUCGAGGCGGUCUGGCUCACGGCGCUGAACGAGGGCAACUGGCCUACGCAGGGCGUCUCGUUCUGCGUCGGGUUCCUGGGCAACGUCGCGACGUUCGUCGGGGCGGACGCCAGCGUGCACCUCGCGGAAGAGGUCUCCCGACCCUCGGUCAACAUCCCACGCGCGAUCCUCGGCGCGAUGAUCAUCAACGGCGCCCUGGGGUUCGCCAUGAUCGUGACGGUCCUGUACUGCCUCGGCGACGUGACCGCCGUGCUCGACAGCCCGACGGAGUUCCCCUUCAUCGAGGUCUUCCGACGGAGCGUGGGCAGCGUCGCCGGCGCGACGGUCAUGACCGCGGUGGUGCUAUCGCUGACCUGGGCCUGCGCGAUCGGCAUCACGACCACGGCGUCGCGGAUGUGUUGGAGCUUCGCGCGUGAUCGCGGGCUGCCCUUCUGGCAGGUCCUGAGCCGGGUGAACCCGCGCACCAAAGUGCCGGUCAUGGGCGUGCUGACGGUGACGGUGAUCGCGGCGCUCCUGACGCUGAUCUAUGUGGGGUCGUCGACGGCAUUCGAGGACGUCAUUUCCUUGACCAUCACCGGCUUCUACGGGUCCUACCUGCUGCCCGCGGCGCUGCUCCUGCACCACCGCAUCAGGGGAAACGUCCUCCCGAAGGGUUCCCGGCCGGUCCCGCCAUCGACCGAGGAUCCCGGCACCAUCGACGACGACAAGCAAGAGGUCGAUCCGCCGCCGUCGUAUCCCUCCCCCGAGCCCGCGGUGCGCGCCGACCUCGUCUGGGGCCCCUGGCACGUCCCCGGCCUCCUCGGGAUCCUGAACAACAUCUACGCGUGUGCCUACAUGGUCUUCGUCAUCUUCUGGAGCGUGUGGCCGCCGCAGACGCCGGUCGAUGCGAGCUCCAUGAACUACAGCGUCGUCGUCACCGGCGGCGUAAUGAUCCUCAGCGCGGCGUGGUAUUACGUCGGCGGCAGGAAGCAGUAUCAGGGCCCGACGAUCGAUGAGGAGGUCAAGGGGAUCAUGAGGCUGGGAUCGGUGAGUGCUCGUGGCGGAGGGGAUGGUGCCGCGUAAUGGAAAGGCUAUCGCACGGGGAGGAGACCACUGUAUCUAAUGACUUUAAUGUACCGAAUGAUUGCGAACUGGUCCUCGAUGGCUAAUGCUGAUGACUUAU